GCUUAAAGAGUUUUAAUUUAUUUGGUUUCUUAUAUGCUCGGAUGGAACUAUAUGUAGAGCUUGUAUGAGUGUAUAUAAUAAGUAGGCCACUCUCUAACUAUGUCAACUUAAGUGGCAGAUACCUCUGAACAGAAGACAAUUUCAUAAUUGAGCUGCAGAGAGAGAGAGAGAGAUGGAUGUCGCGAUAUCCUUGGAAUUGGAGCCACUAAAGCAGAGGAAUGAUCAUGGAAUGUUCUUUUCUAGUGGUAAUUUUAUCUGCAGUUUGAAUGCAAGAGACAGGAAAAUUGUUUGUGUCACCGGUGGAAACUCCUACUUUGGUUCUCACUUGAUCAAGAAGCUUUUGGCAUAUGGUUACCUUGUUCGAGUUAUUAUUCAAAAUCAAGUAGCUAAUCUUGAGGAUAUGAAGGAGCUAAUGAGGGAAGAAAUGAAGCAACUGGAGAGUGUUGUGGUGGCAAGAAUGGAUGAUUUAGAUAGCCUCUGCAAUGCUUUUAGAGGUUGUCAUGUUGUUUUCCACACAUCAUCUUUCAUUGAUCCACGAGGGAUCUCUGGAUACACGGAACGAAUGGCAUUUAUUGAAGCUGAAGCAGCAAAGAAUGUCAUAGAAGCUUGUGGCAGGGCAGCACAUGUUAAAAGAUGCGUUUUCACCUCUUCUCUACUUGCAUGCAUCUGGAAAAAUGACCUGCCAAACCUCAUAGAUGAGAGCUCUUGGAGUGAUGAGACAUUCUGUAGAGAACACAAGCUUUGGGUAGCAUUGGCCAAGACCAGGGCAGAAAAGGCUGCUUGGUGGAAAGCAAGGGAGAUGAAGGUGAAACUUGUUACCGUAUGCCCUGGACUUCUCAUGGCACCAUCUUUCCCAAACGCUCACCUUGAAACUUCUGUCCCGUACCUCAAAGGUGGUGAUUUCAUGCUAAGACAAGGAACUCUAGCAACUGAAGAUGCAAGUAAAGUGGCAGAAGCACAUAUUUACGUCUAUGAAGAUAUGGAUUAUGGAGGGUGUGGGAGAUAUAUUUGCUUUGGAAAAAUAGUUGGAACAUUGGAAGAGGCCAUACAACUUGAAAAUGGGUUGAAUAUAGGUGGCCACUUGUCUGGGUAUCAAAGCCCUCUUGCAGUAGCAGUUGAUAAUAAUGAAAUUCCUCCCAAAAUUACUAAGUCAAAGCUCAGUAGAUUACUAUUCCAUGCGUCACAACGCCUUCCUUGCAAACAGUGAAUAGUAAUAUUUGCCUCAAAAUACGUAUAUAUAGCAAUUAGAGCAAUUUAUAUAAAGACGUGUGAAAGGGAAAUUCGAGAAAAUUUCUAGGCACUCCACGACUAAACGACUGCAAAGAAUUGCAGAAGAGACGACGACUCCACUGAGUUAGCAGAGAGAGAGAGAGAUGGGAAAAGAGGCAGAGGAUUUACAGAAAUUGAAGAAGAUAGCGGCGGCGGCAUAUGACUAUGAGAAUGAUCCAAGAUGGGCAGAUUACUGGUCUAACAUUCUCAUUCCUCCCCACAUGGGCUCCCGCUCCGAUGUUGCUGACCAUUUCAAGCGCAAGUUCUACCAUCGUUACAUUGUAGCAGCGUAACAUAUUACAAACUUUUAUGUACUGGCAGCUAUUAAAGCUUAUGUAUCAUGCUCCUGCUACUGCUAAUUACCACCAGAGCAUAUGGGCUACUAUUGGGAGGCAUGUAAAAACUCUGGUUCAACGAUAUGCUCCAUUCAUGCAUACUCCGAUCUCCAGUAUUCAACGAUGGUGGUUAAGGUAGAACUGUAGAGGACAGCAGCAAUACAUAGAACAGGAUUCAUGAUAACUAGGUUGAAAGUGUUUUUUCAGAUUUGUACUUUGCCCUAGACGACGAAUAUUGACUAGACUUUUACUUUUCUUUUUAUAAACAUCGUAGUUAUAAUUGUCUACUGAAACUAGACCUAGUAAUAACCAUGGAGGCUACUUUCAAUUUUUUAACAUUUUCUCCCAAGGGGCUAUGGUGAAGGUGACUUGUCCCUUGCUUAUAAAUUAGUUCACGUUGCCAGAAUGUAAUCUAUUGUAUUGUCUAAGAAUGAUGCACUGAUAAUGGGAUUGAA